AAAGGUCAGGGCAGUGGUUUAAAUAGGAGUUAUGAGCUAAAAUAAGGGAAGGAAGUUGGCGGUUCGGAUUCUGUUCCUAAAUUUAAGUAUAUAUAACUUGUAAAUUAAUGUAUAAAAACACCUUGACGGACCUUAAUCACCACUGGGACAGAAAAACCCAAGAUGUCCGACCCCACCUCAACCCAGACUGACCCCGAUAAUGACCCCAAUAUUGACCCCACGGGCGGCCCAUACUACAUAGGGGUCGACGUGGGCACGGGCAGCGUCAGGGCGGGGCUGGUGGGUCACACGGGGGCGGUGGAGAGGACCCAUACCCAGCCCAUAGCAGUCAUGAACCCACAGAAGGAUUUUUAUGUGCAAGACUCAGAGGAGAUUUGGCAAGCUGUUGGUCUCUGUGUCAAGGUGGUGUCCGAGGGGGUGCCAGACAAGGGUGCCAUCAAGGGUAUUGGAUUUGACGCCACCUGCUCCCUUGUGGUGCUGGACUCCAACUUCAAGCCUGUGUGUGUGAGCCCAACAGGGGAUGACCGCCACAAUGUUAUAAUGUGGAUGGAUCAUCGCGCCAAGUCCGAGGCCGAGGAAAUCAACACUGGGUCACACCGGGUCCUGGAGUACGUUGGGGGGCGUCUCUCCCCUGAAAUGCAGACCCCUAAGCUCCUGUGGCUGAAGAGAAGCAUGGAGGACACUUGGAAGAGGGCAGCACACUUCUUUGACCUCCCAGACUACCUCACCUUCAGGGCCACGGGCAGCCUCAGGAGGUCCCUGUGCUCCCUGGUGUGCAAGUGGACCUAUGUGGGCCAGGGGGGCCGGGCCGAGGUGGAGGGCCCGGUGCUGAGAGGGCCGGAGGGGUGGGACAGGACCUUCUUUGAGGCCAUCGGAUUGGAGGAGUUGGCCGAGGAGGGGUGGAGGAGGAUUGGUACAGAGGUGUGUGCGCCUGGGGACCGCUGUGGCACGUUGACGCACACGGCCGCGCACACGCUGGGCCUCGACGCGCACACGCCGGUGGCCGCCUCGCUCAUAGACGCACACGCUGGGUUCCUGGCCAUGGCGGGGGCGGCGGCUGGCGGGGGGCGGCUGACGGGGCGGCUGGGGUUGAUCAACGGAACCUCCACCUGCCACCUGGUCCUCUCCCCCUCCCCUGUGGCCGUGGGGGGGGUCUGGGGGCCUUACGGGGGGGCAGUGCUCCCUCAAACCUACCUUGCCGAGGGGGGGAUAACAGCUUCUGGGUCUCUAAUUGACCACCUUUUGAAGACUCACCCGGCCUAUGAGAAGAGCCUUGCUGAUGCUGAUGAUGAUGGGAGGAGUAUCUACGAGAGGCUGGAGGGGGUUCUGGAGGUCAUGGGGGGGCGGGAGGGGCUCAGUUCCCCCUCCCUGCUGACCCGUCACCUCCACCUCUACCCAGACUACCAUGGCAACAGGUCACCCUUGGCAGACCCCGAUAUGGCAGGCAUGGUGUGCGGGGUCACCUUGGACGCCAGUGAAGAGUCGUUAGCAAUGAUUUACCUGUCCGCUAUCCAGGGCCUUGCUUAUACGACAAGGCAGAUCCUGGCAGCCAUGACAAGUUCAGGACAUGUUAUAACGCGUCUCCUCAUGUGCGGGGGCCUGUGUGCGUCAAAUACGUACAUACAGACACACGCCGAUGUUCUGGGGUUGGAGGUCCUCAUUCCCCAGCAGCAGCCUAGCGUGCUCCUGGGGGCGGCCAUGCUGGGGGGGGCUGCCUCGGGGGGGUGGGAAUCCCUCGAGGGGGCAGCGCGGGCCAUGGGGGGCAGCGCGACCUCCUACAAGCCGAAUGGGGGGCUGAAGGGAUAUCACAACAAGAAGUUCGCUGUCUUCCUCAAAAUGCAACAGAACCAACUUGCGUACAGGAACCUUAUGAAAUAACACACACAGACAGACAGGUAAGGAGGCAGUUCAAGGGCUUAAAAGAGGUAUGAAAAGAUGAGGGAUGAAUGAGUGAAGAUGCUGGUUAACUCUUGCAUAAGGGGUUUGGACAGUACAGGGAUGAAAGAGUGAAGAUGCUGGUUAACUCUUGCAUAAGGGGUUUGGACAGUACAGGGAUGAAAGAGUGAAGAUGCUGGUUAACUCUUGCAUAAGGGGUUUGGACAGUACAGGGAUGAAAGAGUGAAGAUGCUGGUUAACUCUUGCAUAAGGGGUUUGGACAGUACAGGGAUGAAAGAGUGAAGAUGCUGGUUAACUCUUGCAUAAGGGGUUUGGACAGUACAGGGAUGAAAGAGUGAAGAUGCUGGUUAACUCUUGCAUAAGUGGUUUGGACAGCACAGGGAUGAAAGAGUGAAGAUGCUGGUUAACUCUUGCAUAAGGGGUUUGGACAGUACAGGGAUGAAAGAGUGAAGAUGCUGGUUAACUCUUGCAUAAGGGGUUUGGACAGUACAGGGAUGAAAGAGUGAAGAUGCUGGUUAACUCUUGCAUAAGGGGUUUGGACAGUACAGGGAUGAAAGAGUGAAGAUGCUGGUUAACUCUUGCAUAAGGGGUUUGGACAGUACAGGGAUGAAAGAGUGAAGAUGCUGGUUAACUCUUGCAUAAGGGGUUUGGACAGUACAGGGAUGAAAGAGUGAAGAUGCUGGUUAACUCUUGCAUAAGGGGUUUGGACAGUACAGGGAUGAAAGAGUGAAGAUGCUGGUUAACUCUUGCAUAAGGGGUUUGGACAGUACAGGGAUGAAAGAGUGAAGAUGCUGGUUAACUCUUGCAUAAGGGGUUUGGACAGUACAGGGAUGAAAGAGUGAAGAUGCUGGUUAACUCUUGCAUAAGGGGUUUGGACAGUACAGGGAUGAAAGAGUGAAGAUGCUGGUUAACUCUUGCAUAAGGGGUUUGGACAGUACAGGGAUGAAAGAGUGAAGAUGCUGGUUAACUCUUGCAGAAGGGGUUUGGACAGUACAGGGAUGAGCAUGAGUAGAAAGCCAUGUGCAGCGGGGCCGCGGGAGAGGGGGAGGCAUGGAGCUAGCAAGUUCAGAAGACCAGUCAGCGUGGAAACAUCGAUAGAAGAUAGAAAGAGAGGCAACAUCGCGGCGGAAUUUAAGAGGUAGAAGACUAUCAGCAUGUGGAGGAGAGCUGAUGAGACGAAGAGCCUUAGCCUCCACUCUGUCCAGAAGAGCUGUGUGAGUGGAGCCUCCCCACACGUGAGAUGCAUACUCCAUACGAGGGCGGACAAGGCCCCUGUAUAUGGACAGCAACUGUGCAGGGGAGAAGAACUGGCGGAGACGGUACAGAAUGCCCAGCCUCGAGGAAGCUGAUUUAGUAAGAGACGAGAUAUGGAGUUUCCAGUUGAGGUUUU